AUGAAAUGGACGGGUGUUAUUUCUGAUGAAUUUUCACUCUUAAAGUGGGGACCAAACAAUGGAGCCAUGUUUACACUUGGACCUGAUGAGGAACAAAACUUGACUGGAAAUAAGCUAUUUCCAGCUGGAUUUUGCUCGAUUGCUCAUUCAUAUUGGUCUUAUCUUUUAGCAUUGGAUAAUGGUACAUCUUGUUUUAGUUCGAAUGAUGUUGCCAGACUUUUAGGUCAAGAUACUGUUAAGUUUGCGAGAAAAUAUGAUGGUGGAGCUAUUUUUUGUAAAAGAUCCGUUCGACGACUUGAGAUAUUCUCAUUUGGUCAAAGUUCUACAAACCACCGAACUAUGCAAUUGGAGCUGUGGCAGUAUGAUAAUCUUAUAAGCUCUGUAACUUUGAAUUUUUUUCAAAUUGGAGACAGAAAACAAGGUUACAGUGCUACUGUUAUUCCUGGUCUGGAUCAUAAGUAUAAAUUAUCAAUGACUGGUGGAGGAGAUGUACCUCCUGAUUGGAUUAUUGAAUUUUCCGAUCCUAUAUUUGGAAAUCGUUGGAAGAGAGACGAGAUUGCUUUAUUUGUUGUCGGUAGAAAUUGUUCGUAUCCAGUUCACUCUCAACAUGAUCGAAGAUACAUUUGGUCUGGAGAUAAUUAUCUAACAGUAAAAGGAAGAGGUGCUUGCACGUCCUUUCCUGACAUGCCACCUGUUAACUGUAGAUCUCAACCAAAAUUAAGUAAUGUUGAGUAUUGUUCUGACAAAUGUUCGAAUGGUUGUACUAAUGGAUAUUGUGAUUGUGCAACAGGAGAAUGCUUGUGUAAUCCUGGAUUUUCUGGUUCGAAUUGCAAUAUUGACACUUGUGCUGCUGCUGGUUGUGUUCAUGGAAACUGUGCUGCUCGAUAUCUUGGACAACAUUUGCCUGUUACAAAUAAACCAUGUGUUUGUAUUGAGGGUUGGUAUGGCGAUAGAUGUGAUACACCAACGCCGCCACCUCCACUUCUAGAACCAGAACCCACGUGCUUUAAUGGAUGCUAUUUUUUCAUGGAUACUGAUAUUGCUGGUGGAAACCUUGAGGUUAUUCAAACUUCAAAUCCAAAGACUUGUUGUGAUGCAUGCCAGGCGAACGCAGUCUGUAACUCAUGGGUUUUGGCUGGUGUAUGUUUCUUAAAAACAGGAACACAACGAAUUCAUAAAUCUGGAAUUAUAUCAGGUUUAAAGUGUUCAGCUGGAAUAGGCUCUAGUACGAUCGUAUCUAGUACGACAGCAGCUGUAACAUCCAACUGUGAUAGUAAAUGCAAAGGUAAAUAUCCACAUGGUUGUAAUGCUGGUUUUCAAGUAGGAUAUUGCAACGCAGGAGGUGGAUGUACAUAUUCUAUUACUACUGAUCCGAAUUGGUGUUGUUUCAAGGGUUGUGAUCAACAAUCAACUGUCACCAAUCCAUUAGUUUUGACAACUGUACCAGCAGAUGCAUCUACAACAGUUACAGUAGCAACUAUAUCAGCUCCUUGUGAUGGAAAAUGUCGUGGAAAUUAUCCUUAUGGCUGUAAUUCUGACUUUUCCACAGGAUACUGUGCUGCUUGGGGUGGAUGCAGCUAUUCUACAAUGAAUGAUCCUCAAUGGUGCUGUUUCAAGGGUUGCUAA